AUGGAGUGUUUAGAAUGGGAGGAUAAUUUUGUUGUCGAUGAAGAAUGGCUGGCGAGGAAAAUCAAUGAUGUUGUGGUUGAUGAAGAAGAUCAAUGGAGAACCAAGUUGCUGAAGGAAAUUGCAUAUGAGAUAAGCAAACAUUGCAAGCUGAGAAGUAUGCCAUGCAAAACAACUGCUAUUCAGUCACUGGAAAAUUCAGUCAUAAAAAAUAUAGAUCGGCCAGCUAAAGAAAUAAAUAUUUAUUCUAAAACCAAACUGGAAGCGACAUCUAGCGCUUCAAAAAUCAAAAAUAGGAAUAAAAAUGAUGGUAAUGAAGUUGUUACAACAUUAGUUAAAAAUUUGAAAUCGGGAAAACCAGUACAUUGCUAUCCAUAUCUUGAUGACAGGGAAAUAAUCCAGUUGCUAAAUUUUGGGCAUGUUAAGCAACGUGAUCUGGAAGUAGAAUUAGGUGGUGACUUACUUCGAGCCAUUUCCAUUCGAAGAUUAUAUCUCUCUGAAAUGGCUGAUAUAUCACUCUCUAAUUUACCAUUUCAAACUUACGACUACAAUUAUGUUAUUGACUCAUGCUGUGAAAAUGUAAUUGGUUAUGUACCAAUACCGACGGGUUUCGUUGGACCGUUGUUGAUGAACGGACGAAAAUUCUUUGUACCAAUGUCCACAACAGAAGGUGCUCUGAUUGCAAGCACCAGUCGUGGUUGUCGUGCAAUUUAUGAAUCUGGUGGUGUUGUAGCUCGUGUUUAUAAAGAUGGAAUGACACGUGCACCAGUUGUCCAGUUUACUAAUAUUUUACGAGCAUUGGAGGUCAAGAAUAUAUUAGAUUCCCGCAGUAGCUUCGAGGAAAUCAAAAAAGUCUUCGAUUCGACUAGCAGUUUUGCGAAGUUGCAACAACUUGAAGUGGAUAUCAGUGGUCGGUUAUUGUUUUUAAGAUUUGAAGCUACGACAGGUGAUGCAAUGGGGAUGAACAUGGUUUCAAAAGGUGUGCAUGCAGCGUUAUCAUAUUUGAAAGAAAAGUAUCCAGAUAUGGAAAUGUUGUCCUUGUCUGGUAACUACUGUGUAGAUAAGAAGGCUAGCGCACUAAAUUGGAUUAAAGGACGGGGAAAAUCAGUGAUUGCGGAGGCGAAGAUUCCGAUGACUGUAGUGCAAACCAUACUCAAGACAACUGUUGAUGCUCUAGUGCGAUUAGGACAGGCGAAACUGUUGAUUGGUUCAUCAAUGAGUGGUACCAUUGGUGGUUGGAAUGCGCAUGCAGCUAAUGUUGUUGCGGCGAUAUUUAUUGCUACUGGACAGGACGUCGCUCAGGUCGUAUCUAGCAGUAUGUGUUUGACGUCAAUGGAAAAAACUGAACAUGGUGAUUUGUAUGUUUCGUGCAAUAUGCGUUGUCUUGAAGUAGGGACUGUUGGUGGUGGUACCAUAUUACCAGCUCAGAAAACAUGUUUGAAGAUGCUGGGUUGUGGUUCGCCGACUUCCAUACCAAGUGAAAGUGCAUCACGUCUAGCCGAAAUUAUUUGCUCAACAGUCCUAGCAGGUGAAUUAUCUCUCAUGGCAGCUCAAUGCUCAAAUGACCUUGUGAGAAGUCAUAUAAAGCUCAACAGAUCUUCAAGAUGUUUGCAUACUGCUACCAACUCUGCUGCUGUUCACUUGGGAAAGAUUAUAUGCAAUAAAGAUGAUGAUCAGAGCAAAUUAAGAAUGAUAUGUGCUCUAAGAAAACAUUCCAUAUCGGAAAAAUCAAUCGAGUUUGAAAUGCAGUGCUCGAAUAUUUUGUGA